CUUCUUAUUACUACUAUAGUACAGUGAGAACUUCCUUUAAGAUUGGAUGCUUACUCUGACUUUGUCUCUGUUGUCAUUUUAUAAUUAAUUGUGCCGAAAAUGGAAAUUUUAUUGUGCUUUUUCAAGAUUUUGUUCAUUCUAGAAAUGGGAUAUGCUGUGCGACAUGGGACUAAUCUGUUAUGGUCUAUGAGUCCUUUAGUGAACGGAAAAGCAAGGAUUGUAGGGAUUGAAGGUGACCCAAAUGUAUGGAUUCCCAGUGGUAAUGUAAGUGUCCGCCACAUCAGCGCUCCACAUUCCGCCUGGCAGUUCAGGGGCCUAGCCUUCCACUACCGAUUCAAGACUCUCUACUGGAGCGAGAGGAGCAAACACAGGAUACAAGGACUGAUGUUGGUCAAUCGAUCCACAACGACCAAGACGAUAUUCACAGGAACUUCUGGUAGCAUUGAUGGUUUGGGAGUGGAUUGGAUCUCUAAUAAUCUUUACUCGGUCGAUCCCAAAUACAAUUGGAUCAAGAUGUUUGCUCUAAAAGAAAAUUCGACAGAGGACCCUGUUUAUAAAGUAGUGGUUCAGACAGAUCUUGAAAAUCCUCAUGGGAUAGCUGUUUAUCCACAAAAAGGUCAUUUGUUUUGGAGUGAUUGGGGAUUUUUUCCGAAAAUAGAAAUGUCUGACCUUUUAGGAUUGAAUAGGAGAACUGUCGUAUCGGACAAUAUGCUAGCUCCACGUGGUAUUGCUAUUGACUACAAAGAGAACGUUCUGUACUGGGUAGAUAGCCACAAAAACACCAUAGAGAGUGUACAGUUUAACGGAAACAGUAGGCGAAUCAUUGUUUCUCAAGCAGGCGCCAAAUUCUUCGGAGUAGCUUUAUUUCAGAAAUACCUGUUUGUUUCGGAACAGUUGGAUGGACAUCUGCGAAUUUAUGACAAAAACACAGGAAAAGGCUACAUUAAUUAUCAACUUGGAUAUAUCCCUUAUGACGUCACGAUGUACGACGAAACAUUACAACCAGGAAAUUCAAGUGAAUGCGAUCAGUUGAACUGUGACCAGAUUUGCGUCAAUAUGCCGUUGUCUGGAGCAAGGUGUUACUGUGGUGACGGCUACGAAAUACAAGAAGAUCAGAAAACCUGUGUAGCUUCCAGGUUUUUCAUGCGGCCUGCUCAUAUCUAUGCCAUUAAUGAUGCUAUCUGCCAGUAUCCAGCUAAUUUUGGUCAUAUGUCACUAAAGAACGUUACUUUAUCCAAACAAUGCUUCAUUAAGACCAGGAAAGGCUUCAUGGCGUUAGCUUAUGACGGGGACCAGCGGGUACUUUUCUACUCAGAGAAUGUCACCAAGAGUAUCAGUAAGGUUCAGCUUAAGAGAGGAGAAUAUACAAAAACCAUUGUAAAGGGCAUCGGCAUAGUGAAAGGACUUGCUUUUGAUUGGAUGACUAAAAAUUUAUAUUGGACGGACAGUCAAUAUCAGUGGAUUAUGGUGGCCAGACCAGAUGGGCGAUUCCAGAAACAACUGAUAACCGAAAAUCUUGUAGAUCCACUUGGUAUUGCAGUCCAUCCACAACGAGGAGAACUGUACUGGACUGACCCCGGAAGAAAAGUCAUAGAGGUGUCAUCAUUGAAUGGCGGUGGCAGAAUUGAAAACUUUUUAUGGCAAUGUCAGAAAAUAUUACGUCAGCCAUUCUUUGUUAGGAACCAUUUAUUCUUGGAUUGCACAUCCGACACGUUAUACUGGGCAGAUUCCGGAUUAAAUCAAGUUGUUAGUUACGACCUUGAACUAGGCAUGACAUCUGUUGUUUUCAAAUACCAGUCAGCAAACUUCUAUGGCAUCAGCAAAUUUCAAGAUUACCUGGUUUGGACAGACCAACUGGACAUGAAUGGUAUUCACAUCGCAGACCUGCAGACGAAAAACAAAGUACGGGGAAUUCUUCAUCCACAGACUGGCACAGCUCUUGACGUCAUAGCAUAUGAUGUCCUCAACCAACCCAUUCUUGAUGUGACCUGUGGUGACAACAAUGGGUAUUGUGACCAGCUGUGUCUAGGACUGUAUAAUGACUCGUAUGUCUGCGCAUGCGGAACAGGAUUUCAACUUGGCGAAGACUUGCGAUCUUGUAUAUCAGGGUCAGUUCGAGAAAACUUUGUAAUAGCCGCAGACUCCUACCAGAAACAGCUUUACCAAAUAGAUCUAACGUCUGGUGAUGUCUACGUCAUUGCACCGGAAGUCAGUCACCACAGACCAAUCGCCGUUGGCUUUGAUCCAGUGAGAGGGCACUUGUACUGGACAGAUAAUGAUAAUUCAAAGGGAAAGGCUAUCCAACGAGUCAAUAUAGAAGGGAGGUCUGCCGAAAUUGUCAAAGCCCUCGAUGAAGAUUCUAUUGUUGAUGGUCUUGCAGCUGACUAUACAAACCGUCUUUUGUUCUACACGGAUACAGGCCUAGAUCGUAUUCAAGUUAUUUCAAUGGACAACUAUCUAAUAUGCAAGACAAUUAUACAAGAUAACCUUGACGAACCUAGGGCAAUAACCAUUCAUCCUCUGAAAGGGCUUUUGUUCUGGUCUGAUUGGGGAAGUAAACCAAAGAUAGAAUUGGCCAACAUGGAUGGUAGCGAACGAAGGAUUUUCCUUGAUCUGAAUGGAGAAGCCUGGCCAAAUGGUCUUAUAAUAGAUUAUCAAGAAAAUGUUUUGUACUGGGUUGACGCCAAACAGAAUACGAUUGAGGCCAAGCCUAUCGAUGGAGGGGACAGAAGACUUGUUGUCAAAGAGUCAGAUGCACAUUACUUUGGGAUCGCUCUAAACGGCAACAAUCUUAUCAUUACUGACUGGAAAACAAACUACCUGAAAACGAUACCUAAAACUACUGUGAAUGGAGAAUCUUCGCAAAUAAAGCAAUUAGGUCCCGGAGCCUUCUCACGAUUGAACGGAUUGGCUUCGUAUAACUCAACAUAUUUAGUAAGAGGUGCAAAUGGAUGUACUAGUGUUUUCACGUGUGACCACAUAUGUAUACCCCUUCCCAGACUAAAAUUUGUUUGCGCAUGCGCAGAUGGAUAUAAAGAAAUGGGAUAUAGAUGUAUAAAAACUGAUGAAAAUGCUACGUCAAUAGAUUCUCAGGCAAAGUACGUCCCAAGGUCAAGGGCAUCUAGCGAGUAUAUAACAUAUCCCGACUCUGGUUUAUCAAAAGGCGGCAUCAUCGCUAUAGCUGUUGUAUGUGUGGUAGCCUUUAUCAUAAUUAUAUCCGCCAUAUUUGUUUUUACUCGCUGGAGGACAGGAAGAAUAAGACACGAGCGGCUGAGGGACACUUCUGAUAAUCAAGUGGACAAUUUCUACAGAAUCACCUUCCCCGACAAACAGCAAGAGUCCGUUAGUUUUGAUUCAGGAAUUGACCAGUAUGAUCAAGCACCAAGAUCAUGAGUGUUCAUUAUUUUUAAUUGCCGUAGAAAAUCCAUAGACACGUCCUUCACUGACCAAAUUCCCCCUAGGCAAUACAGAGUGGAUUAUUAUGUGAAUAUUGUGUCAAAGAAUUCUGAUGAAAGGAAUAUCCGAUUAGGUGAUUUGUAGCUUCACUGCAUAGUUUUAGUACGAUAACUGCUCAUCUCUAUCAUAGAAUCUAAAAAGAAAUCCAAAAAAGAAUGACAAGAAUAACAAAAUCCUAAUAGUCCUUUUGGAUAAAGUUCAUCAUAAAAACAAUAAUGUGAUCAUUAAGGCAUUCCAUGAUAUUCAUUAUUCAGUAUGUUUGUAACCAUUUAUUUCCAUUGAAUUUCAAAGGCAUGGGUAUUGCUCAUGUCAUGUCAUGUUCAUGUAAUGUUUCCAAAAAAAAAACACACCAAAAAC